GAACAAGAUUUAGAGGUUAUUUGCGACUGCCAUUUUCUCCAAAGAGUGGCAGCCGAUAUUUUGUGACCGAAUUUCAGGAAAAGACUUGGAACAUCUACAAUUAUGGCCUCCAAAUUUUUAAAAUUGGGCCCAGCCCGCUUGCUAGCGCAGAGGACCAAAUUCAACCAGGUAACUCCUUUGAGGCAAGCGUCAGCCGCUGCCCAUUCUGUUCGUGAGGCCCUUCUCAAUUACCCACCAACCCAAGUCACUCAGAUUGAGGGAGGACUCCGUGUCGCAACAGAAGACACUCGCUCUCCCACAGCAACCAUUGGUCUGUGGAUAGAUGCUGGCUCUCGGUGUGAAAACGAUGAGAACAACGGCGUUGCCCACUUUCUGGAGCAUAUGGCAUUCAAGGGAACAUCCUCAAGAUCACAAACAGAUCUAGAAUUAGAGGUGGAGAACUUGGGUGCUCAUUUGAAUGCCUACACUUCAAGAGAACAGACUGUUUUCUACGCCAAAUGUCUCAGCAAAGAUGUUCCAAAAGCCAUCGAAAUUCUAGCUGACAUCGUCAAGAACUCUAAAUUAGGCGAAAACGAGAUUGAACGUGAGCGUGGAGUGAUUCUACGUGAAAUGCAAGAAGUAGAAACCAACCUCCAAGAGGUAGUUUUUGACCAUCUCCAUUCUUGCGCUUUCCAAGGAACUCCACUAGGAAGGACCAUCCUUGGACCCACUGAAAACAUCAAGAAAAUUUCCCGUGAAGAUCUAGCCAAUUAUGUCAAAGCGUACUAUGUUCCCGGACGAAUGGUCCUUGCAGGAGCUGGCGGAGUAGAUCACAGUGAAAUUGUCAAGGAGGCACAGAAGCAUUUUGGUGGAAUCAAACCAGACUAUGACGCUGAGCAUGAAUUACCAGGACCAUGCAGAUUCACCGGUUCAAUGAUCCGAGCAAGAGAUGACGCUCUCCCGCUAGCUCAUGUUGCCAUUGCUGUCGAAGGCUGCGGCUGGUCCAACUCUGACAACAUUCCACUCAUGGUUGCCAACACGAUUGUUGGUGCAUGGGACCGAUCACAAGGCAGUGGUGCCAACAAUGCCUCAUAUCUCGCCCGUGCUUGCUCUCGUGAGGGUUAUGCUCACAGUUUCCAGUCAUUCAAUACGUGCUACAAGGACACAGGCCUGUGGGGUAUCUACUUCGUCACUGACAGAUUACAUGUUGAUGACAUGGCUCUUAUCUCCGUUUAUGAGUGGAUUCGUCUAGCUACAUCUGCAACUGAAGCUGAGGUUGCUCGCGCAAAGAACUUACUGAAGACAAACAUGCUUCUUCAAUUAGACGGAACAACUCCUAUCUGUGAAGAUAUCGGCCGUCAGUUCUUGUGCUACAACCGUAGGGUUCCUAUUCACGAACUCGAAGCAAGAUUAGACCGUGUAACUGCCAAGGAUGUCCAAGAGGUUCUAAUGAAAUACGUCUACGACAGAUGCCCUGCAGUCGCAGCUGUCGGUCCAGUUGAAGGCAUGACUGACUACAACAGAUUACGUAGCAACUUUUACUGGCUCAGAUACUAGGUUGAUAACCCCUCAAAAACAAAUUAUAGUUUAGUUGUUGGAAAAUCCGUGUCAUUUUGUAUGAUACCUAUUUCUUUCCAUGAAUUUGAAACUCAUGCUUGAGCUGUAAAUAAUUUCAGAAUUGUUAUCUCUCUGUUUAAGUCUGUAUUAUAAAUUGUUCACAAGUCCUUAUUGAUGUGUUGCCACACUUGAUUUUAAAGUAGCAUCAAGGAGGAAUGCAGGAAUGGCAUAUAGUUCGAGAGGCUGUGUGUAUUUUCAGCUGUUGAUAUUUCUACAUUUCUCCUUGAUGAUGUUUUGAAUUUUUCACCAGCGAAUAAAUUAAAUUCAAAUGUGAA